AUGCUAAAAAUUCUACUUCCCUCAAUUCUUCUACUUCCCUCUACAUGAUUAAUUUCCCCAAAAUACCUUUGAACCACGACUCUAUCAUAUAGUUUACUAAUUGCAAGCGCUAGCUUAAUAUGAUUAGCAGCACCCGCCGAGACCGGAUGAUCUUUCCUCAACUGCCUCAUGGCUUCCGACCCAAUCUCCACCCCCCUUCUCGUAUUAACCUGCUGACUACUUCCACUAAUAAUUCUGGCUAGUCAAAAUCACCUAAUACUAGAACCAACCAACCGUCAACGAACCUUCAUCUCCCUUUUAAUUUCUUUACAAAUCUUUCUGAUCCUCGCAUUCAGCGCCACCGAACUAAUUAUAUUUUAUAUUAUAUUUGAGGCCACACUUAUCCCAACCCUGAUUAUUAUUACUCGCUGGGGGAACCAAAUAGAACGCUUAAACGCAGGAACAUAUUUUCUAUUUUAUACAUUAGCAGGAUCACUCCCCCUACUAAUCGCCCUCCUUCUACUACAAAAUUCAACAGGUACCCUUUCCUUCUUCACCAUUCCCUAUUUACCUUUAACCUGCUCUGACCCUUGAGCCCAUAAAAUCUGAUGAACAGCCUGUCUUCUAGCAUUCCUAGUCAAAAUACCUCUUUAUGGAGCCCAUUUAUGACUACCCAAAGCCCACGUCGAAGCCCCAAUCGCCGGUUCCAUAGUACUUGCCGCCGUACUAUUAAAACUGGGCGGGUACGGAAUAAUGCGCAUUCUAAUUAUUCUCGAUCCCAUUUCCAAAGAACUAAGCUAUCCCUUUAUUAUCCUAGCACUCUGAGGGGUAAUUAUAACUGGGUCUAUUUGCCUUCGACAAACAGACCUGAAAGCCCUCAUUGCCUACUCCUCUGUAAGCCACAUAGGAUUAGUAGCAGCAGCUAUCUUAAUUCAAACUCCUUGAGCAUUUACAGGGGCCCUGAUCCUAAUAAUUGCCCACGGCUUAACAUCAUCAGCCCUUUUCUGUCUAGCCAACACCAAUUAUGAACGAACCCAUAGCCGAACAAUACUACUAGCUCGAGGAUUACAAACACUUCUCCCAUUAACAGCUGUUUGAUGAUUUAUUGCCACCUUAGCCAACCUUGCUCUACCUCCCCUGCCCAACCUUAUGGGGGAAUUAAUAAUCAUCACAUCCCUAUUUAAAUGAUCCAUAUGAACCUUAAUUUUAACAGGCCUAGGCACACUAAUUACCGCAGGUUAUUCCCUCUAUAUAUUCCUCACAACCCAACAUGGACCAAUCCCCAAUCACCUAAUUUCUAUUAACCCACCUCACUCUCGUGAACACCUCCUCCUUACACUUCACCUACUUCCCCUUUUAUUACUAAUCCUUAAGCCAGAAUUACUAUGAGGAUGAAGCGCUU